AUGGCUAGCCUGGAAGCUGCUUUUGAUGAGAGGAAGGUUCAGCUGAGUGCUGAGAAUUCCAGGAGGCAGCAAGCGAAGUUUAGGCUGGUUUCUGACCCCUACAUCUCUGUGCAAGCCAUCCAAGAUGUCUUGGAAGGAUAUGUCAAGCACAGAAAGUGCAACGACUUGGCUAUGUUGUUGGCACCUCCCCCUGCCAUACAGAAUCCAAGUUGGCAAUCUCCACCUUCCCCAGACUGGAUGGCCAAAUGCCUUGGCCUUGUCUUCGAUGUGCUGUCCAUUGCACCCAAUACAAAGUUGGCCCACACCAAGGUGAGACGUGCGAUAGUGAACAUGUGGCCUGAUGACCAGUUCGACAACAUGGACCUCAACUUGAGGAUGGUCAUGAACCAGUUUCGAGAGGUGAAGGUGAAAGCAGAUCUCAAGCAAAAGGUCCUACGAGUUUUGUCAGCAGAGGAUGGCAUCAAAGUCCAAAUGGUUUUGGAUAAGAUCAUUCUUCCCAAGGAGUGCUACAAGUAUGAGGUCAUGGAGGAUGACUCCCAAGAAGCGCCUGGGUACAAUCGACCUGAGGAGUGUUUGGCCAUAGUCCCAUUUGAGGAGGCAAAGGCUGCAGCACCAUCAUAUCCAUUGGAUAUGAAGGAUGUCCCAGGGCCCAAGCCAGCCUUGAAGCGAUCUUAUGCUUUUUCCGAGGAAUCUUUGGCAAAGCUGGGUCCUACCCCUGAGAUCUUUGGGAAGAUCUUGGCAAGGGAACCUGGCAACCCAGAUGUUGCACCCAAGAGAUCUCAGGCUACUGGAGCAUCCAGUACAGAUGAUGCUUUGCUCUCUGCUGCUGCGAGUUUUGUGCCUACCCAGCUGGCUGGAAAGGCUAAAGCAAAGGCCAAGGGUGCAGCUAAAACUGUCCCAAAAGGCACUGCCAAGAAAGGCAAAAAGAACAAGAAGAUUGAAGGCAAGACCACAGCUGCUGCCAAGAGCAAAGCUGGCAAGGCUAAAUCCAUAGCCAAACCCAGCCAGCCAAAUGAUCCAGCUUCAGCUGGGACUGAAGAGAUCGAGUUGGACAUUCCGAAGUAUGUGGUCGAAGUCCAUCCCACUAAGGCAGACACAUACAAGAACUUGUAUGUCAGUCGCCAUUACAACAAGGCCAAGGAGCUUGCCAUCAAGCAUGGGGCCAGCUCAGAGCAGGCCAAGGCCAGGGGUCGAGUGGCCAGUGCUGAGGCCAGGAAGCUUUGGGAUGAUUAUCAUCCAAACUGA